CACACACACACAUUCCUAUUGACAGCCUUCGUUCGCUUUUAUCAGGCUCUAUCGCAAAAUAAAAUCACCAUCAUCGCCAGCAAAUUCUCUCGUUGGCAAAUUAUUGCUGUUCGCGAGCAAAAAAGGCACCAACGUCAGUGCGAAAACGGGGCCAUUUAUGUAUAGUAUCUUCGAGUAAGUGUCGAUCUGUGCCGUUCUGCGUGUCCACGUUCGCUAUUUUACUCGCUACAACUCAGUGCAUUCUGGAAGGGCGGGUUCGGUCGGCCGCCUCAAGCUGCUGCAACUUGUGUGAGCGAGUGUGUUUUUGUUUUUCCAAUCGCGUUAUCUGCCCGUCCCGGUUUCGUUUCGUCCGGUUUUGUGUGGCUAUUACUCACCUUCCGCCAAUACUUCCGGUGUUCUGGAACGUCACCAACAUCGGUAGUGUGGAAGCAGCAAGGAAAAGGCAACCUCCAUCGGUUGAAAGAAAACAAGUGCGAAUCAAGUUUCAUCCUUUCGUUUAACGCAUACCGCCCCCCUCCCCUCCUCCCGACACACCCUCGGGCGUCAUUCGCGACCAAACAUCAUCACCACCGCCCAACGCCCCGUCGACGGCAUAAUUGGUGGCGUACAAAGCUUGUUUUGUUCGCGCGUACCACGGCCCUGCAUUGUCUCGUGUGUGUCAUCAGGCAUCAUUGGAGUGAACUGUUGGCGUAGCAGCUUCCCGUAGUUUGCAUUUGCCUUGGUGCGGUGAGUGAGCGUGUGUGUACGAUGGCGGCCGAAAUAAAGCCAGCACCGCGGAGUGCUAAUGACCGAUUCUGCACAACGAAAAAGCCGGAAUUGCUCAGCAAACUAGAGGGCAGCAACGAUGACGUGAACGCGGCCGUACUGAUUCCGGGCGAGGACGGUGUUAUCAGUGUCUGUGAUGGCAAAACGAUACGGGUAUGGCAGAAGCGCGAUUCGGGCCAGUACUGGCCAUCGAUCUGUCAGUACAUGCCAUCGGGAUGUACGUCGCUGUGCUACACGCCCGAAACGCGAACACUUUUCAUCGGCCAGGAGAAUGGAACAAUAUCGCAGUUUACGCUGUCGGACGACUGCAACCGGCUCACACCGAUCCGGGAGUAUCUGGCGCACCAGGCGCGCAUUACCAGUGUCACGUUCGCGAAACACACCGGCUGGAUCCUGUCGUCCGGGAAGGACAAGUUCUUCGCCUACCAUAGCACCGAAACGGGCGAACGGAUCGGUUGCUACACGUUCGAAGCGAUGUGUACUGCGAUGCAGUACGACGCCUUAUCAAAGUAUGUGUUUGUGGGAGAUUACAGUGGACAAAUAACGAUGCUCAAGCUGAGCGGCACCGGUGCCACGAUGGUAACAACGAUGAAGGGCCACUCCGGCUCGGUACGCUCGCUUUAUUGGGCUGAAGGGCCUCAGCUGCUGUUCAGCGGCUCGCAGGAUCAGUCCGUGAUCGUGUGGGAUGUUGGUGGCAAGCGGGGCACUACCUACGAACUGCAUGGCCACAACAAUAAGGUGUCCUCGCUGUCGUACGCAUCCAACACGCAGCAGCUGAUAUCGGCCGGCGAAGACUCGGUGAUCGUGUUUUGGGAAAUGAACGCCAUGCGCAAGGUAACACCCGACUGGGUCGAGUCGGACACGUGUCAGCUGUGUACGCGUGCGUUCUUCUGGAAUUUGCGCGCCAUGAUCGAUCAGAAGCAGAUCGGCAUCCGGCAGCAUCACUGUCGCUACUGUGGCAAGGCGGUGUGCGACAAGUGUUCGACCAAUCGCAUCAACAUACCGAUCAUGGGAUUCGAGUUCGAUGUGCGCGUCUGCGACCAGUGUCACCAGCGGUUGAAGAGCGAAGAACGGCCCUCGCUGGCAACGUUCCACGAUGCCAAACACAGUAUCGUUGCGAUGGAUUUGGACGAACCACGGAAAAGAUUGCUAACCGUUGGCCAGGAUCGUAUCAUCAAGAUCUGGGACCUAUCCUCUAUCUGGGGUUAGUAGUGCGUUGGACAUGAAUUCGGACAUGAUCGAAUGUGAAUGCGCGGUUAUUCGCGGUAGGAAAAGUGAAUUCUGAUGAAACCCAAACCGGCAAACGAACCAGAACUGAUGAUGAUUCUUACGUCGGUUUCACAAGAGACCGUAAUACGUGUUAUCGAUUAUUUAUUCCCUGGUGUGCCGUUAUAUAGCCUCGUGGCUGGCAGUUGUAUUGAUCGUUCCCUGUCCGUUUUUUUAUGGGACCCUUUCGCCCAUAUCCCUUCUGUUGAUGUGUUCGGUUAACACUAAAACACCCCAUUUCUUUAUCUACUUCGUUACGAACAUCCGUUGCUUUUUGUUGAAGUGUAAUAGUGUAACAGUUUAGAGCGAUACCGCUGCCCAUAUGAAAUGUAUUUCCUUUGUUCGAUCGGUGAUUAAAGUUUAAAGUAGAUCAAACUUUUCUACCGUGUCCGGGCGUGUGUCCACCGGCAAGUGAUCGAGGUAUUGUUAAAAAGAACAAGAAACCUUCUUUGUUCGCGACAAAAUCACAACAAAAUAUUCCGUUUUAUUCCUUUUGUUUUGGUUGUUAAGUAAUACAAGAGACACUUGUAGCCAAGUACAGCGAGUCGGCUUGUAAAAAUGCCAUGAAAGAACGCAAGGUUAAAUACGUUCGGCGUUUUUCAACGGACCAAAAAACCAACGAAUCAAAACCCGCUACUAGCGUUACAGUGGAAGCGAUUUCUCGCUGCGGAAAGCGAAGGGAAGGGUCGGAGUUGAGACAGAAGCAAAAAUAAUAAUAAAAAACGUAAUGUGCAACAAAAUAAGGUAAGGACAGGACGGCAUAGCAAACCUGGUAAGGUAAAACAAAAUUAAACACACAGUGCAAUAACAACGGAGCGAUAUGGCUAAACGGUGUACUGUGUAAGAAAAUCGAAACGAAAUGACGGGACUAGCAAUGAUACCAAUAUUGUCGGUGCUUUUAAUGUUGUCCUGUACUGUAGGGCCAUGGGAUGGAAUGGUGGUGGAAGGAGUUGGAAGGAUAAACAAUGUCUAGCCGCCAAUUCUGGAUAGGGAAGAAGUGUAGGCACUGUUGUAAACUGAAUUGAAACAAAAUUGGAAACAAAUCCAAUCCGGUCGGGCUGAACCGGACCGUAGAUACCGGCAAACCGAACGCAAACUCUGUACAUUGUAAUCGUAAUAAUAAUAAUUCGCAAAUAGAAGAGAUAUAUUGUUAAAUUUAAUAAUAAAAACUAAUCACUAAAUAAACCAACCGCGAAACAAUU